ACGAGACUGGAUCUCGUCGCAGCAGGCCGCGGUUCGCUCGCUCUCUUCCAGUGGUGCGAAUCUGUUGGGUCGGGCAUUUUCAUCUGCCGUCGGAAAAUGGUGGGAAUCCAAACAGAAAGCCCGAGAACGCAGUAGUCAGUUGGCUCUGUUUCGAUUCCGGUUCAUUUUGCAAUGGGCGCUUUUGACCACGCUUCCCCGCAGGUUUGCUGUCGCGUCUCGUACAGAAUCGCCAACAACAGGCAAACCGGAAAACAUUAGUGCGACAACACGUGGUGUUUUGCUGGGCGUCCAGUGUAGCAGGAGGCUCCAGGUGGAUCCCGUUUGCAGGUUGUGGUCUCCAGCUUCCGUUCAAGGAAGUAAACCACACGCACGCACGCGAGUGGGAAAAAGAAAACAUUUGACGUGAAACCUCACAGAACCGCAGCCGUCGGGGUACUCGAGCGGUACGGUACUGUUGCUAAGCUUGCGAUUCCAGGAUGAAGUGACACUGUUCCGCCAGACUUCCGGCUCAUUUGCGAUCCCUCCCGUAGACCCACAACGAAACCGAGUCAUCCACUGGUGUUGAGUAAGCUGAAAUGCAAGCAACGGUCUCGGAGGGAAACGGUCAGGGACCCAACAGUAGCAGCAGUAGCACCGGCCACAAUCACAGCUCAUCUCCGAAACCACCGCCACCCGGGUCUUGGGCAUCGUUGAAAGCGAACGUGAUAAGAUGGCGCGGCUCGCGGAAACUGGUGCUCGUCAUCGUCGCCAUCGCACUCCUGCUCGACAAUAUGCUGCUGACCGUCGUUGUGCCAAUCAUUCCGGAGUUUCUUUACGACAUCAGACACCCGGACGCACCGCUGGCCAGCUUUCCUAAGACACCGCCGACCACACCGUGCGAGAAGGAAGUGACGACACCGUACAAUGGCAUCGAUGUCACCACGCAAGGCUACGAUAACGCCAGCUGGUACGCGGAACGGGAGGAACGGCACAAGGAGCUGGUUGAGGAGACGGUCGAGGUUGGGCUGAUGUUUGCCUCAAAAGCAUUCGUCCAGCUGCUGGCUAAUCCGAUCGUUGGACCACUAACGCACAAAAUAGGUUACAGCAUUCCGAUGUUUGCCGGGUUCGUCAUUAUGUUCAUCUCUACGUUAAUUUUCGCCUUCGGAAGAACGUACUCCGUACUAUUCCUGGCCCGAGCAUUGCAGGGUAUCGGUUCGUCCUGUUCGUCCGUAUCGGGCAUGGGCAUGCUGGCCGAUCGCUACACGGACGACAAGGAGCGCGGUAACGCGAUGGGCAUUGCGCUCGGUGGCCUUGCGCUGGGCGUACUGAUCGGACCGCCGUUCGGUGGCAUCAUGUACGAGUUCGUCGGCAAAUCUGCGCCAUUCCUCGUGCUGUCGGCGCUUGCAUUGGGCGAUGGAUUGCUGCAGCUGAUCAUGCUGCAACCGUCGGUCGUAAUUGAGGAAUCCGAUCCACCAUCGUUGAAGGCGCUCGUCACUGAUCCUUACAUCAUUAUUGCGGCCGGUGCGAUCACGUUUGCGAACAUGGGCAUUGCCAUGCUGGAACCUUCGCUACCGAUCUGGAUGAUGGACAACAUGGGCGCUAGUCGAUGGGAGCAGGGCGUCACGUUUCUGCCCGCCUCCAUUAGCUAUCUGAUCGGUACGAAUCUGUUUGGACCGCUCGGACAUCGCAUCGGGCGGUGGUUGGCUGCGUUGCUUGGUUUGGUUAUUAUCGGACUGUGCUUGUUGUGUAUUCCGAUGGCUACCUCCAUCAACCAUCUGAUCUUGCCGAACGCUGGUCUCGGGUUCGCCAUCGGAAUGGUCGAUUCCUGCAUGAUGCCCGAGCUAGGCUAUCUGGUGGACAUCCGGCAUUCGGCCGUGUAUGGUAGUGUUUACGCAAUCGGCGAUGUUGCAUUCUGUUUGGGAUUCGCCAUUGGUCCUGCCCUCAGUGGCACCUUGGUAAACACCAUCGGCUUCGAGUGGAUGCUUGUCGGAAUUUCGAUCCUUUGCUUCGCUUACGCACCAUUGUUGACUUUCUUGAGAGCACCACCGACCAAGGAGGAAAAGAAGUCACUCAUCGUUGGAGAGCGCUCAUCCGUUCGGUACGUCACGUACCAGAACGAGGAAGAGGAUGAAUAAACCUGGACUAAGCUGCACGACAAAGCAUUAACCCAUUAAAAAAUACCGACCCUGACCAACUGCAAAUUGCAUCGAUAUAAAACAACCGAAAUCCGAAGACAACUCAUACAAAAACCCAGAGACCAGAGAAGCAUUUUAAAGACUGUAGAGCACGAAGAAGCAACGUUAAAAUGCAGCACAACAAUCAUAUUUGUGUAUAGAAACACAAAUUUGCCUGAGCCUAAUAAAAGCAAAAGGAAUGAUAGAACGAACGUGUGUAACUGUCAGGAACAAUAAUUUGGCCCAACGGGCAAACAAUGCCCACACUUGUUAUGCGAAGCACCGACAACAAUGAUCCUCCUUCAUGCGGGGAACGAUAAUUUAAACAUUUGUGUGAGAGAGAGAGGGAUAGAAAUUAGUGAUGUAACUUUGGGCACAUGUGGCCAGGGUACAUUUUACAAAACGAUCAGCAAAAAAGCAGGAAAAGAAAAAUCAAACACUAAAAUUCCGCUUCUUACUGACCUAUCUUGCACAUUGUAUGUUUUCAACACGAUCGGCUGAUGGCGAGUCUCGCUAUCGAUCGAAAGGAUAAAACUUUAUGCUUAAAACAAAAUCCCAAAAAAAAAACAAACAAACUAUAAUUACUCCCUGCAAAAUACUAAGUCAAUCGGUUUCGUCCCUGAUUUUGAGUGACACUACAUUCGGCGCUUUUAGUAAUAGGAUCGGAUCAGAGCAAAAACCGCUGCGAUGGUCGGACGGUCGAGUCAAGUGAGCUGAAAGUGUGUCAGUCAAAAGCAUCGAUCGAAACCGACCUAGCCUGCUGCGACCAGACGAGCCUAGUACGACUACUCACGCAGAGUAGUGUUUAGUAAUGCGCGAAAUUCCCUUACCCGACAAACAGUUUGACAGAUUCUGUUUGUGUUUAUAGCAGGGUGAGAUUACGUCAACGCAACGGGCGCAAACACGUGGCUCGCAUGCUGCGCAAGUGUUUAACGCCCGUUCCGUCGAAUCGAAUCGCUUGCAGCCGAUAAGUACAGACAGCACAGCACAUUUCUAUUUUGGGGCGGAAUUCUGCAAAACGAUUGGAAAUCACAUGAAAAACCAUCACAUUUGAUCAUCUCCUGGUAAGGCAGCACGGCUGUAUCAAUGCUUGAAAACAACUAAUUCAAAAAUUAAAAAAAAAACACACGCACAUGUUAUCUACUUGACAAACUUCAAAUCAUCGCUAUCUGUAACUGUAUAAUCUUCUAUGACACAAUAUCUCACUGUGUCGUUGUGUAGCAGUAGUCGCUGUAGAAGGUAGUAAAGAACAGCAAACAAAAAACAAUCUGACCAAAAUAUGGGACAAAAACAAAUAUGAUACCAUUUUGCAUGCUCAGCAACCACCUUCACGUGGUGUGCGUGAGCUGUGCGCUACUACUAUCUUUCCUUAAAGAAACUACAAUAUAAACCAUUGUACUUACCACAUGGAUUGGUGUCUAUUUGGCUUGUAAAAAUAGUAUCGUACAGCAUACUCGUACACGUACAUAAAUAACCACCCUUUUAAGAGCAAAACAUAUGAACGAGGCUACUUCUUGCAGAUACACUAGCUGACAACAUUGAUGGUUCACUGUGUCCACCCAACACCUGCGACACAUACACACAGACCCGGCGGCAGUGGUGGUGAUAAUCUCUUUGGAAAAUUUGAAUGGCUGCAAGUUUUGCUAGACACUAUCCAACCCCUGCGGCUGCAAUGAGUUGGCACACAAUAUCAUACUUAACCACCUUAACUACCCAACAAAUAACCUUAUCACACUACGAUGUGCAAUAUUAGUUAAUCGAAAAUACUCUAAACUCUAAGCAGUACUAUUGACUGCUAUUGCUAAAAACUCUACCACAAGUAUCGAAUGGCAAUAUAAUGGAGAAACUAUUGGACAAAAAAACAAACAUUUUUAAAUUGGAAAACUGAUGCAAAAGUGUAACGGACGCGCACGUCUUCUAAAGAAAAAGUUUAUGAUUAGCUAUCCUUCUAUUUCCACUAAAGGAAGAAACGAAUCCCGAAAAAGGGGAGGAAAAAACAAGAUACGAAAUCUCAUUCACGACGAUGAAUUGCUGACUCAAUCAAAAAAAA